GACUUUCGCGGCAAGGAAACACCCCUGAUCAUUGACAACGGCUCGACAAACCUGCGCUUUGGUUUUGCGACCUCGAGCAGCCCCGUGAGCAUGCCAAAUGUCAUUGCCAAGUUCAAAGAGAGGAGGCAGAACCGGCCGCUAAUCCUGAUGGGUGAGGCGGUGGACGUCGAGAGCGGAGCAAGGAGCCAGGCGAGAUAUCCUUGGGAGGGUGAUGUGCUACUUAACUUUGACGCGUUGGAAAACGCAUUGGACUACGCAUUCAUUCACCUCGGCAUCGAUACGCCCAUCAUCGAGCACCCCGUGUUCAUGACAGAGCGACUGGCUUCCCCGCUUCACUCUCGCGCAUUAACAUCCGAACUGCUCUUCGAGCUCUAUUCUGUCCCAUCGUUGGCAUACGGCGUCGACUCGGCGAUGUCCUUCUAUCACAAUAACCUCCCUUCGCCUCCUGUACCAUUCACGACCGACGGUAUUGUUGUAUCAUUCAACACCGCAUCUACAUCUAUCAUUCCAAUACUGGCCGGCAAAGGUUUGAUGAGCCAUGCGAAGCGGAUACCUUGGGGUGCAACUCAGGCGAAUGAGUACCUCCUCAAGCUCAUACAGCUCAAAUAUCCGACCUUCCCCACUCGCGUCACCACUGCCCAAACCAACUGGUUGUUCCAGAAUCUCUGCGAAUUUUCUGUAGACUACACAGGUCUCCUUCGGACACUCAAAGACCCAGCGCAGAUGCGCGCACACGAGAAGAUCUUACAGUUCCCCUUCUCUGCUCCCACCACAGAAGAGAAGACUGAGGAAGAGAUUCAACGGAUCGCUGAACGCAGGAGAGAGCAGGGCAGGAAGUUACAGGAACUGGCGGCAAAGGCGCGAGAGGAGAAGUUUCAAAAGAAGGAGUCAGACCUGCAAUACCUGACCACCCUCAGGGAGAGACGUGAAGAGGAGAAUAAGAAGGACUGGGCUAACACUUUGCGAGAGGAAGGUUUCGACAACGAUGCCGCCCUCGACGGCGCGAUCAAAAAACUUGAAGGACACGUCAAGAAGGCGCGCAAGAAAGACACAGAUGGCGACGAGAUGCAGGAGGAGCCGCCCAGCUUCCCGCUCGUGGACGUUCCCGAUGAUGAGCUCGACGAGGAAGGCCUCAAAGAGAAGAAGAAACAGCGCCUCAUGAAAGCUGGCUAUGACGCCCGCGAACGCGCGCGAAAGGAGAAGGAGCGCGAGCGUGAAGAGCGUGAGGCGGGGGAGCGCAAGGAAGAGGAAGCGCGCGAGCAGGACCUCGGGGGCUGGGCGAACAAGUUGCGCAGGGAGCACGAAGCGAUCAUAACAAAGAUCAAGGAGCGCGGCCGCCGCAGGGCCGAGCUGAGCGACCGCAAGAGCGCCGCGGCGCAGGCGCGUAUGAAGAGCAUCGCGAACCUGGCCGCGGACGAGCGUGUGCCGAAGAGGAAGCGAAAGAUGGGCACAGAGGAUAUGUUUGGCGCGGACGAUGCUGACUGGGCUAUCUAUCGCAAGAUCAACAUUGCCGCCGAGUCGUCGGACGAGGAAGAAGAUCUCGUUAGCCUCCAAACAGUCGAGCAGAAGCUGCUCGCCUACGACCCGACGUUCACACUGGAGCACACCCAUGCAUCAUUAACGUCGCAGCGAUCUGCCCUCAUGCAAGCGUUCAGGCCGCAAUACGACGAGGGCAACGUCGAAGGCAAAUCUCGCAUCCACCUCAAUGUCGAGCGCUGGCGAGUCUGCGAGGCAUGGUUCUCACCCAGCAUGGCGGGCGUCGACUGUGCCGGCCUCGGCGAAGUCCUGCAGAACAUCCUCGGGCGCUUCUCCGAUGCAGAGAAGGGGCGGCUCGUUAGCAAUGUAUUCGUCACGGGCGGGCCAUCGCAGCUCAAGGGCCUGACCUCGCGCCUGCACUCGUCCCUCAGGCCGAUCCUCCCGCCUGAGAUGCCCUUGCAGAUCGUCCGCGCGGCGGACCCAUUCAACGAUGCCUGGAGGGGCAUGGCCGACUUUGCUAAAACGGAUGAGUUCUCAAAGGUCAGUGUGACGAAGGCCGAGUAUGAAGAGUGGGGCGGCGAGCGGAUCAAGCGGUGGUGGGGAGGUAAUUGGAAUUCGUCGGUGCAGAUGUAAAGCAGUUCUUCUAUUUCGGCUGGUUCAUCUCACAGGGAGAGAGCAUCUUGUUCAGGAUAAGAGAGCGAUCUCUUGUGUAAAGUAAUAGGUUAGAGUGAAGUACAUUGAGAGAAGACCGGCUGCUGGCAAGAUAGACACCAGGGAAUCAUCCGUACAAAACACACAAACAGGGAGAACACGCGGUCCAUGAGUAGGUCUAUUAACAGCAGCUACUGGCUGGCUGGGUCGCAGGCUGGCUGACUUGCACCGAGCUGCCGCCAGACGUGCUGCCUGCGGGGCCGCCUACAGCUGCGUCUGCUUGUGAGUCGAUGAGCCGCGUCUUGAUGUCCCUUGCCAAUGUGAAGAACGCGUCCUCGACACCAUCAUUGACCUUGGCGGACGUCUCCAUGAACUUGAUGCCCAGCUCAUCCGCGAGGUCUCGGCCCUGCUCUUCCGUCACCGCGCGCUUGUCCGACCAAUCCGACUUGUUGCCGAUGAGGAUCUUGUUGACGCCUUCCGAGGCGUGCUGCUCGAUAUUGGCGUGCCAUGUCUUGAUGUUAUUGAAUGAUCGCUCAUCUGUCACGUCGUACACCAGGAGAAUUCCCAUAGCACCGCGGUAAUAUGCCGUUGUGAUCGUCCUGAACCGUUCCUGUCCUGCAGUAUCCCAAAUUUGGAGCUUGAUACGCUUGCCAUCGAGUUCAAUUGUCCGAAUCUUGAAAUCAAUGCCAAUGGUUGUAAUGAAAGAGGGCGUCCAUGCGUCGUCACAGAAGCGCAGCAGCAGACAUGACUUUCCGACACCAGAAUCACCGAUAAGCAAGAGCUUGAUCAAGAAGUCGUAGUGAGGCGGCGGCAUGUCCUGUAGCUUAGCAAAAAUUCAGUAAAUAAUUCAGCACGGUCCUGGGGGUGGAGAGUCGAGUCUCCUAACCGGAUGCGAGGUAGUCGUCAAGGGCGGGGAAUGGCCGG